GGUGAUUGGAACAAAUGGAAUGUACAUAACAAAUAUACUCCAUAUGUUGUUAGAGACACAGAUGGUACAUGUAUUGGCAAUGGAGCAUUUAGUAAUGGCACAAUUUUCAAAGUCAGUUGCCCUUCAAACACAUCUUUCACAGUUUCGAUAAUACGUGCGCAAUUAAGCGAUCACAAUGUUUCAUGGCAAUGCUUUGACCGUGAGAGGAUAAGCAACACUGUUACAAUUAUUGUCAACGUUCCCGCUGUUACUGUAGUCUUACGUUCAAAUGCAAGCAUUUACAUGAGAGAAUAUCAACCACAAUUAUCAACGUGUACUACCUCAGCAUGCCGGCCAACUCCAACAGUAAAAUGGUACAUACGUCAUUUCAAAGAAAACAUUACAGUGGACAUGACCGCGCACCACUCUAAACAAAGAUAUAAUCAGCACGACAAUGGUUUAGUGUCAUCUGAAAGCAUACUCGAAUUCCUCCCAAAUAGGACGAUUAACAACUGGACAUUAUUUUGUGAAGUUCGGACACAAAUGGAAUAUGCUGAUAUUUCAAGCAAAGAAAUCGUAUUAAAUGUGUCAUAUCCCCCGGAAAGUCCACCAUUCAUCCAUGGAUUCACUAACGACACGGUACCUCGAGUUGUUGAAUCAGAACCAAACACUCUGAGUUGCUCUGUUACCGGAGGAAAUCCAUUGGCUACUUUGACAUUGACCUGUUUCAACACACGUUCAACAACAUUGGUUAUAACAAACAGAACGGUUACGGCUACAAUUACUUGGAAGGCAAAACGAAACCAGAAUAAUUGCACGUGCGAGUCUAAUCAUAUCAUAAGUGGUAAAGAAAUCACAAAUGUCAAGUUUGAGGUUCUAUUUCCUCCGGAUAAAGUACACUUCACAAUAUCUGGACAAGAACCAGAAGGAGCAACUUAUGCGGUCAACAAUAAAGAAGAUGUAUCCCUGAUUUGUUUCACCGAGUCUAAUCCUAACCCAGACAUAAUCGUCACAAAUGCAAAAAAUGAAAGACUGGUAUUGUUGAAAAAUACGACUAUACUUCGCCAUACAUUACAGAAAGUGUCUUGUGUUGAUGCUGGAGAGUAUGAGUGUUCUGCAAGAAAUGAUGUAACAACUGGACACGAAGCAAAGUCCACACUGAUUCUUAUUGUCAAAUGUCUUCCAAAGCCGGCAACUGACAGCUUAAAAGAAAGCAUUAUAGCAGUUAUUCCGUACACCGACGUAACACUGCAAUUCAUAGCUAAGAAUUAUUUUGACGAACAGAACAAAACACAAUUCACAUGGUACAAACAGAACACGUCAUUACAUUAUGACAGCAGUAAAUAUAUGAUACUAUCUUAUGGAUUACAAUCCGUCUUAAUUAUCAGAAAUGUUACUCAAUCAGAUUAUGGACAAUACCGAGUUGUUGUGAGGAACUCAGUCGGGCAAUACAUCCAUUAUUUUGAAUUGCACAUGAGAGAACAAGAAUCUUCAGUGGAUUCCUCUACAAAUAUGGGAACAACAAUUGGUGUUGCUGUUGGUACAUUUGUAUUCACAAUACUUUGUAUUGUUUUGGCAUUUGUUGGUUACAAAUAUAUCAGGCGAAAACGUAAUCUUCAACAUCAACAUGGUGGGACCCCAGCUACAGGUAAUGCCCCUGAAAGUCAGACAACCCCAACCUAUGACUACAUUAACCCUAGUACUGAUAGCAAAAAUGUGUACCAAGAACUUGGUGAUACAAGUGAAGAGGGACAUGCGUACAUGGAAAUGCGGAGUGCUAAUACAGACGAUUCAACACUUAACUAUAUAAACAUGACAUUGUAGUAUUUAAACAUAGUGAAUUGUGUACAUAAUUAAUAUGAAAUUCAAGAGUAUUCUGUUUCAUGUUAACGUUUGAUUUUAUUCUAAUGUAUCAGUAGAACAUUAUGUAACUAUGUGAUUUUUGUGUGCGUCCUUAACCUUUUUCUAUCUAGUGUGCAUUAAAUAUAGACUAUGUUUUGUUUAAGUUGGAAACCAUUCAAGAGCUUAAUGACGUCUUUCUAUUAGUUGAAGAACAAUUCUUAUACAGAGAAAAAACUAUUUUAAUUUGUUGAAAUUCAUGAACAGUCUAAAAAUAUAUGAUGAAUAAAAUUCUGUUAAAUAUAUUAGGGACAAGUCUUGAAGUUAAGAUAUGUUUUCAGUGAUAUUCUGUAGAUAUUGUUUAAUAAGAUAUUGUUUCAAUUCCAUUUACAAAUUGCAUUAAAAAGAAAAAAAUACCACAUUUACAGUUCAAGUUUGCUUUUUCUCCAGUUCAUUUAGCAUGUUGGUAUUUUUAAGGAAGCUUUAUUACUAUUCAAUACAUCAUUUGCAAAUCAAUGAAAUUAAGCUUUAACUAAUAAAGAUAAUAUGCAAAAUAAACAAAAAUGGUGUUCGGUCGUUCGCAUAAAUGACAUCUGUUUACCAAAUUUCCAUUAUGUC